GGCCUGUGCGCGCACUCAUCAGGUCUGGCCGGGCAGCAUUAUAUUUUGUUCUAACAAAGUAGGCUCACCCCGCAGAGGCCGAAUGACACAAAUAGACUAAAUAGACUCGCACUAAAUGCAUUCUACUUAAUUACUAGAAACAUCUUAUUAAUUUACAGAAAUGGGUCCUGGUUAAAAAAAAUAUAUAUUUUAGAAAAUCCGCGGACUACGACGGUUUCGAGUUCGGGUUGGAGCGCAGCGGCCCGCGGCCGCGAAGGAGCAUAGCUGCAGCUGGACGAAGCAAAAGGAGUCGCCCGCUAUUGUGUGUUCUGCGGAAUUAUCACCACUUUAAAACUCAGUGUCUGCUAAACUUCCUGAUUCUGUUCUGGGAGAGUUCAUACCAAUAUCAUCGCCAAGAUAGCCGGGCCAGGCAGGAAGAGGCACACCUCAGAUUCAGACCCCAGCAGUGGUAGUGAUUCCAGCGACGGGCGGCCGGUUAGUGCCAAGUGCCUGAAGAUGGCCAGCAGUGGAAGUAGUGAGAUAGUAGGCCGUCGCAGUGGGGCUCAGCAGAGAGGAGGCAAUGGAAGGGAGAACAACUCAGAACCCUCCUUCAGUACUAGUAAAAAGAAGCAAAAGGACAAGGCCAACCAGGAGAGCAGAGAGGCCAAGAGAGCAGCUGCAACAGUGGAUGGGGUUCUCGCAGAGGUCAAGAAAGAUGUAUUUGUGGAUUGGAAGCAGAAUGUUAAUGAAGUGACUGUUAGACUACGCUGCGGGGAGGGUGUGCGGAGGAUAGAAGACAUCAACACCACUUUCACAGACACAAACUGCAACGUGUCCUUCCCAGAUGGGCAACAGUGGAGCUGCCAGUUGCAGGAGGAAAUUGAGGCAUCAUGUAGCAAAGUCCAGUACAAAGAAAAGGGUGGUUUCCUGCACCUCAUCAUGCACAAGAAGAUUCCCUUUCACAUUUGGCCUUCUCUUAAGUCAAACAAAAAGGAGAAGGAGGCAGCACCUGCGGAGACCAACUACGACACGAAAGCAGUUACCUUGGAGUCAUCAGAGAAACCCAAACAGCAGCCACAACUCCAGCCCCAGUCUCCAUCCUCACCUGCACACAGCGAGCCGAGACGCAGCAGUGGCAAAGCCGAGCGGGGUGUGAAGCGCUGUUUGAAAAACAAACCCUGCGACAAGGCCACAACAGACUUUGUAGGGGUGAAAAACGUAGCUGGGGAUGACUUAAACACCACCAGCAAAUCUGUCACUGUCAUGAAAGGUGAGCAGCAGCAGCCUCAGGAACCCAGCGCCAAGAAAACCACUCCAACAAAAGAUGCAGAAGGGGACCCAACUUCUGUCAAGUCUACAGCAGGGAAUGGUAAACCACAUGCACAUUCACCUGCUGGUUGGAGCCCUCAGACACAACGCAAGCAUGCAGAAAACAGUGUGGAGAGACUGGACAGUGGUCAGGGACUGGAACUGGGUGUGGCUGCUGCCAGCAGAGCUCAGCAGGUAGAAAGGAGAAACCAAUCCUCAGACAUGUCUGAAGCAGCAGCUCCUUCCGGUGAUGGCCAGCCUGUAGCCCCCGUCGGCACCACUCAUCGCUUCAACAACAAAGUGGAUUCUACGUCUUCUCAAAGGCAGACAGACACACUAAACGCUGAGAUGGAGAGAAAACCUGUUGAGCACAAAUUGGGACAGGAUACUCUAAUCUGCCACCAGCUUGGAUCAGCAGAGACCCUACCAGUGCCAGGUGCCAAUGUGGCUGCCAGGCAAAGCCAGUCACCAAGUCUAAAUCAGAACCAGAGCAGCUGUGAUGGAGAGGAGAAGCGAGACCAAUCAAAAGAGGAGCCGUCUCUGGAAAGGAAGCAACAAGAAGCCCCAGAGCCGAUGGUCAACCUGCAGUUUGUAAAGAAUGACUCGUACGAGAAGGGCACAGAUCUGAUGGUGGUUAACGUUUAUAUGAAGGGAAUCUGCAGGGACACGGCUAGGGUCAUCUUCAGGGAGCAGGACUUCACCCUCAUCUUCCAGACAAGCGAUCCAAACUUUCUUCGACUUCAUUCAGACUGUGGACCAAACACGGUUUUUAAGUGGCAAGUUAAACUCAGGAACCUGAUCCAACCUGAGCAGUGCAGCUACUCCUUCACCCCGUCCCGCCUGGACAUCACCCUGAAGAAGAGACUUAGCCAGCGCUGGGGGGGUCUGGAGGCCCCAGCCACACAAGGUGCAGUGGGUGGUGCUAAGGUUGCUGUGCCCUCCAGCCCUGCCUGCAUGGAAACGAGCCAGCCAGGCAGCAGCCAACACAGCCUCCCAGCAAAGGAGGAGCCUCCGCGGGUCGGGGAGGACACACCGAAAGCCCCCAAGGCCUCACCCAGAGGAGUGGAGGAUGGCGGUCUGGAUACCGUUGCUCCCCGCACCGUCUCUGAGCACGUAGCCAUCACCAAGCCAGAGCCCACUGUUACCAUGCCUAAGCCUACAUGCAUGGUGCAGCCUAUGACCCAUGCACCUCCUGCCACCAACGAGCGGCAUGAGGAAGAGGAAGAGAAGAAGGUGUGCCUGCCUGGUUUUACAGGAUUGGUCAACCUUGGCAACACAUGCUUCAUGAACAGCGUCAUUCAGUCCCUGUCCAACACCAGAGAGCUCAGGGAUUACUUUCAUGAUCGAGCAUUUGAGGCAGAAAUCAACUGCAGCAACCCGCUGGGAACAGGAGGCAGGCUGGCCAUUGGCUUUGCUGUGCUGCUCAGAGCCCUUUGGAAAGGGACACACCAUGCCUUCCAACCCUCAAAACUCAAGGCCAUUGUGGCCAGUAAAGCCAGCCAGUUUACAGGUUACGCUCAGCAUGAUGCACAGGAGUUCAUGGCGUUUCUCUUGGAUGGACUCCACGAAGACUUGAACCGCAUCCAGAAUAAACCUUACACCGAGACUGUUGACUCUGAUGGACGGUCCGAUGAGGUGGUGGCAGAGGAGGCCUGGCAGAGACACAAGAUGAGAAAUGACUCCUUUAUUGUGGAUCUCUUUCAAGGCCAAUUUAAAUCUAAGCUUGUGUGUCCUACAUGCUCCAAGGUGUCCAUCACCUUUGACCCCUUCCUCUACCUGCCUGUCCCGUUGCCGCAGAAACAAAAGGUGCUAUCUGUUUUCUACUUCGCUAAGGAACCUCAUAAAAAGCCCAUCAAGUUUUUGGUGAGUGUUAGCAAAGAAAACUCCAACACAGCUGAGGUCCUUGAAUCCAUCUCCAGGAGCGUAAGGGUCAAACCUGAGAACCUCAGACUGGCUGAGGUGGGAAAGAACCGAUUUCAGCGUGUAUUCCUGCCGUCUCAUUCCCUGGACACAGUGUCCCCCUCAGACAUGUUGUUCUGCUUUGAGGUGCUUUCUAAAGAUCUGGCCAAAGAGAGAGUGGUUUUGCUCCGAGUGCAGCAGAAACUCCAGGUGCCGAAUAUUCCCAUCUCAAAGUGUGCUGCCUGCUUAAAGCCACCGGUGUCUGAGGAAGACAAGCUGAAGCGAUGUACUCGCUGCUACCGAGUUGGCUACUGCAAUCAAGUGUGUCAGAGGACACACUGGCCCAAUCACAAAAGUCUUUGUCGACCAAACUCGGAGAAUGUUGGUCUGCCUUUCCUGGUCAGCGUGCCAGAGUCUCGUCUCUCCUACACCCGCCUUGCCCAGCUUCUGGAGGGUUACUCCAGAUUUUCAGUCAAUGUAUUUCAGCCUCCUUUCCAGUCAGGCAGGACAUCACCUGAACCAUCCCAGUCUCGGGGGGACCUUCCUCCAAUGCCAGCAGGCUCUCCUGAGGGUUUGGGGUCUGGGGAUGAAGCUGUGGGUGGCAGCAGUACUGUAGGAGCUGGUGAUCUAGAGCUGGAAAGCCCCUCCCAGCUGCCCGAGUCCCAGGUAGACUAUGCUCAGGCCUCAGGUAUUCACUCUGAGGCAUCAGACGCCCGCUCUUCCUCCCAGACUUCACUCUCAAGUACACGGACUAAAGAUUCCGGGUUCUCCGAGUCCAUCUCCUCCACUUCCUGCUGCUCUCUGGACCCUCAUGCUGAAAAAGAGACGUCCUGUGAGAAGGCAGUGCGGCCAGAAGCUGCAGUCACAGGGUAUCAGCAACCAAGUGAAUCAGCAUCCGGUCACGCCAGUCAGUUCUACAUAGCUCUGCUGGACUCUAACAACAAAGAGCAAAGGCUAGACGAGAAAGAGGACGCAGUAGCAGACCUUCCUGAGGAUGCAACCUUGGAGCUGGUGUGGAAAAACAAUGAGCGUCUGAAAGAGUAUGUGUUGGUGAGUUCAAAGGAGUUGGAAUAUGAGGAAGACCCAGGCUCUCUCAGUGAGACAGCCAGAGCAGGACACUUCACCCUGGAGCAGUGCCUGAAUCUCUUCACGAAGCCAGAGGUCCUGGCACCAGAGGAAGCCUGGUACUGUCCAAAGUGCCAGCAGCACCGUGAGGCCUCGAAGCAGCUGUUGCUGUGGCGUUUGCCCAACGUUUUGAUCAUCCAACUCAAACGCUUCUCCUUUAGGAGCUUCAUCUGGAGGGACAAAAUCAACGACAUGGUUGACUUCCCUGUCAGGAAUCUGGAUCUGAGCAAGUUCUGUAUUGGCCAGAAGGACGAGAUGCAGCACCCUCCCAUCUACGACCUGUAUGCAGUCAUCAAUCACUAUGGAGGAAUGAUAGGAGGCCAUUACACAGCUUACGCUCGCCUGCCAAGUGAUAAGAACAGCCAGCGCAGUGAUGUUGGCUGGCGUCUGUUCGAUGACAGCACCGUGACCAUGGUGGAGGAGAGUCAAGUGGUGACGCGCUACGCUUACGUCCUCUUCUACCGCCGAAGAAAUUCCCCAGUGGAGAGGCCACCACGCUUCCUCAGACCUGUCGGGGCAGAGUCACCCACCACUGCUGGAGCUACAGCCAGCCAGGCCUCUCUGAUAUGGCGGGAAUUGGAGGAAGAAGAGGAGGGGCUCGACGAAGGACCUCGCGGGCUGCUCCGCUCUGCGCUGCAGAGGCGACACACGCACAGGAACACGGGCGAUGAAGACCAAACAGACGGGGCGGUGCGGCGGCACCGCAGGCAGCGGAUGUCGGACUAUCCCGAUGACAACCGUGUGCGAUACUUUGUUCUGGGCACGCUGACUGCAGCGCUGGCUCUCUUAGUUAACCUGGUCUACCCUCUUCUGUACAAAGUCAAGUGGAUCUGAGCAGAAACCAGUUUCUGGACUUACUGGGUCAGAGUUUCUCAGUUAAGAAGAGGUCGACUAUAAACUUGGGGAGAUGUUAUAAAAACUAAGCUGGUUCUUGCUUCUAGAUGGCACUACAGCACUAAACUUUACACAGCCAAGCCUUUAAUAAGCUUUAGGCACUUCCUCAUGCACGACUAGAAGGUUAAAUCUGUCCUUGUCAUUAUGAUGUGCAGCUUCCUGUUAGUAACUGCUUUAACAACCUUCAUGUAUGUUUCAUUUUUAGAUCUCUGUAGUUGAGCCUGAAACUUUAAUUCUUGACUUGAAAACAAUGCUUUUACUAAAAGAAAAGUCUGCAAUGAAGAAAGAGUAAGAUGUGCUCAAAACUUUACAAAAAGGCCUUUUUUUCUGUUAUGCAAUGAAUUUUUAUCCAUUCAGGCUACAAUGAUCAUAAGCCGAGACUUGUGGGGUAAAAGGUUCUUGUAGAACAGAAAGAAAACCUCCACAUGAAUCUCUUUUCAGUGCACUACUUUUACAGUAACGCUUGAGUUGUCAGAAGAGAGAUGAACAUUUGAGAAAAUGGUCGCAUAACGGAAGGACCCAGUUUUUGUUGGACUUUCAUGUCGUUGGAUAGGACACCUUCAUUGUAGCCUUUUCUCUUCAGCCAACAUCCUCUUGUAAUAGAUGUUAUUCUGUAGUUCAUUGCUUUUUUUUCCUUUACUGAAACGUUUUAAAAUGUAUUUUAGCCAUUUUUUUUCUACAUCUAAGCCAUAUACAAAUGAGAGAGUCCAGGUCCUCCGGAUGAUGUGGUAGAUCAAAUCCUUGUUUUUAAACCAACAGAAGUAAGAAGAGUUAUUUACUGUUAUGUUCACAGCCAUGAAAUUAAGAAGACGUGUCCACUUUUUAAUGUUUUCAGUGUGUAAAGUUUUUUUGAGAGGAAAACUGGAUGUUUUGUCUCUGCUCAAACUCUAAAAUGUAUGAUUAAGUUUGAAUAUUUUACUAGUUAUCUCUGUAACUUGAAAUAUUUUUAAAUUCUUGAAAUUUACCUUUAAGAUAAAUUAACUGUAUAUAGCUUAAUUAUUAUGAUGCAAAUAUUAAUAUAAAACCCUACAUAGGUUCUUAUUUAUCCCAUUUGUCAGCUAAAUCUGAAUGACAAGGUUCUUUUAUCGCUAAAUUGUUUUGUCUUUUGUUUUUUUUUCCACUCUUUGUGCUGUAGUUGUGUGUGUUGGUCUCAGGGAAAUAUUAGUGCUUUUCUGGUACCAAGCAGACAGUAACCUGUGUUUGCCUUAAAAAGCUCUUUGUGACCAAGAGCACAUCAGACUGAAUACUUGUGUCCGAUACAUAUGCAAUGCUGACCAGCACACUGAUGUGACAGUGAACACGAACCCAGUGGUUAACCUCCUGUUAAGCUGUUUUAGGAAACAGUCUGUGCUGUUUUUGGAAUUGAAAUUCUGCUGGGUUUUUGUUAAAGCUCAAAGGAAGAAAUUAUGUGUAUCUACUCUGCUAUAUUAUGUCAAUUGCAAAGAAUAAUCAUGAGUUAAAUUUUAAGGUCUAUCUGCAUUUAUUGAGCUACUAAAAGUACUGUAUUUAAAAUAUGGUCAGUUAGUUACCUUAAAAUACUGUAUUACCUCCAUCUAAAUGCUGCUUUCUAAUAUAUAAAGAACUGAAAUAAAAUGAUCUACUAAUUGUCUUGAUCUAGUAUGUUGUUUAUUCAUGUUUGGUACCAUUUGUGUCCAAAGCUGAACUCU